AUGGCCAUUUCCAUUGUGAGAAGGAGAGGUUCUGAACUUGACAAGGUGCCUAAAGACGGUGGUCUGUAUAAUAUCCUCCUCCGACGGUCGCUCCCUAUCCCGCCCCUCCUUCUGCUGCUGAUGCUCAUUUUCGUCUGGUGUUCAUCUACUCUCGUAUCAGUUUCGUUCUUCCAUGUGUGCAUCUCAUCUCGAAAGCUCGACUUAUAUUGCGUCUCCGCCGGAACACGGCCUGAAUUCAGUGAAAUCGCAUUGCGCAGCAACAACCAUAACAACAACAACAACCAAAACUCGAAUGGUGGUGACAACAAUACCAAUGAUGCUGCCAUCGCGAUAACUGACAACAACACCAACACCAAAACCAACAACAACAAGAGCAGUGAAGACAACAAUGACAAUAGUGGUGGUGACAACAGUACCAAUGAUGCUGCCACCGCGAUAACCGACAACAACACCAACAACGACAACAACAAUAGCAGCAAAGACAACAAUGACAAUAGUGGUGGUGACAACAAUAGCAACGGAAACAACAACAACAGCGGCAAUAGUGACGAGAGUGGUUACACCACUACCAACAUCACGAACACCGCCGCAGCCAUCACCAACAAUAACAAUGACGACAACAAGAACAACAAUGAAAAUGGCAAGACCAGAGACAUUGAUUUUGAAGAAGUGGUCAUGAACAACCACAACAACAAAAACAUCAGUGAUGCCAGGAAAGCGGAGCUAGCAAAUGCUAUCAAGGUAGUCGAAGAACAGAUGCGAGCACUCCGUUCAUCUUCUAGGCUUGAAAGAAUUAGAACUCUUUCGAACCAAACAACAACAUGCGACGGAAGGGGGAUCUUCGUCUAUGAUCUGCCCCCCAAAUUCAAUAGAGACCUGGUAAACCAAUGCGGCGACAUGCUUCCAUGGAUGAAUUUCUGCAAGUAUUUAACCAAUGAUGCAAUGGGCGAGCCCAUUCCAGAGCUUGGCAAUGGUUGGUAUCAGACCCACCAGUACUCUCUCGAGCCGAUCUUCCAUUCAAGGGUCUUGAAGCACCCAUGUAGGGUUUACAAUGCAAGUGAUGCUAAGCUCUUCUACGUACCCUUCUAUGGUGGACUACACAUCCUCAGGUGGCAUUUCAACAAUGCUUCCAUUGAAAUCAAAGACAGGCUCGGGCUCGAUUUGAUCAGAUGGUUGGAGGCGCAGCCGACAUGGGCUCGGCGGGCUGGCAUCGAUCACGCCUUCGUAUUGGGGAAGAUCUCUUGGGAUUUCAGAAGGAAGAACAAGGACUCUUGGGGCAACAAUUUCUUAGAAAUCAACCAAAUGCAAAACCCAAUUAAGCUCUUGAUCGAACGGCAGCCAUGGUCCGUUAAUGACGUCGGGAUUCCGCAUCCGACCCACUUCCACCCACGUUCCAAUGACGAUAUCGCCGCAUGGCAAUUGAAGAUCACACGGUCGGAUCGUAAGAACCUCAUUAGCUUUGCAGGUGGGGCACGGCCAGAGGCGGUGGAGAACAUAAGAUCAGUACUGAUAAAGCAGUGUAAAUCUAGUGACGGGUACUGCCGGUUUCUCGACUGCAAUUCGAACGAGUGUGAAAAGUCCAUGUCAGUCAUUGAGCUGUUUAUGGAAUCGGAGUUCUGUUUACAGCCGCCCGGAGAUAGCCCGACAAGAAAGUCGGUGUUUGAUUCUUUGGUGUCGGGUUGUAUUCCGGUGCUUUUUGAUCCGUUUACAGCAUACUACCAAUACCCGUGGCAUUUGCCAAAGGAUUAUCGGCGGUAUUCGAUCUUUGUAGAUCAGGACGAAGUGAGGGAGAUGAAGGUGAAUGUGGUGGAGAGGCUGAAGAUGGUGUCUUUGAAGGAGAGGGAGGAGAUGAGGAGAUAUAUCGUGUAUGAACUCAUGCCGGGUUUGGUUUACAGCAAUUCGGAUUCAGGUAUUUUGAAAUUUGCAGAUGCUUUUACCAUCUCUAUUGAUAAUUUGAUCGAUCAUGUGAGCCGAAGAAUAUCCUAACUAUAGUUUUUUUUUUCUUUUUUUUUUUAAUAAAAUUUUCUGAAAUAUAAACAUGUAGAAGAAGAAGAGAAGAAUGUUUUU